GCCGAGCUGGCAGCACUCCGGCGCAUGGAGCAGGAAACUGGCGAGCGCGCGGCGCUUCAAAUUGCACAGAAGAUAUACAAGAAGAUCGUGGAUGACAACAUGAAAUGGUGCUUGGACAACUGGCACCGCAUCAUCAAGAAGGAGAAGUCCCAGAAGAAAGAAGAGGAGGCCAAGCGGAAGCACCAGGAUGAGUUGGACAGAAUUCGGAGGGAAGAGCUUGAGAAAAAGGACAAGGCGGCGCAAAAGCUUUCAGACCAGAUGUUCAAGAAGUAUUGGGACGAUAACGUCGGCGUGGUGGUGGAAAUGUGGCGCCGUCAAGCUGUGUUAACCAAGGAAACGAAAGCCCGCCGCAAGCACGAGGAGGAACUUGCUCGACUCAAGCGAAGUCACAAAGAAGUGGGGACCAAGGCUGCCUUGGAGAUCGCUGGGCGGAUGUCCAAAGCGCAUUGCGACAGCCUGCUGAAGCUCAGUGUCUCCUCCUGGCGAGUGUGGGCACACCAAACGAUCAGCACACGCAAAGAAGAGGAGGCAAAGAAGAAGUACGAGCAGGAUAUGGCGCGCAUCCGCAGAUUGGAGAUCGAGAAGGCCGACAAGGCCGCAGAGGUGGCGGGGCUCAACAUGUUCCGCAAGGUGAUGAGCGACAACCUGGGAGUGAUUGUCGCAGAGUGGAAGGAUUUGACGAAGAAUGAGCUACUUCACAGGAACGACAUCGAUAACCUCAAGAAGGACGCCAAUGGGAAAGGUUGA